GUUAAACCCUACUCUGUGUUUUAGGGUUUUGGCGCUAUGGCGGAGGACUCCGAGGAGGAGUGCGGCGCGCCUGACGACAAUCGCUUGCAGUCUUGCUUUGUGCUUCAUAGCUCGAGAAGCAAGGCGAGGAAGGACAGGGUUGUCUCGCGCCUUCUUCCGGAUGAGCCUGAAUGCUGCGAGCAAUGGCGCAAGGACGCGUUUGAUAAAUUCUGGAGGCACGUCGAGAGCGUUGUCGAGUCUACCCUCGAGGAUGGAAAUGCGGAUUGUUUUAGCAGCAUUGAGCAGUGGAUUUGCAACAGCCAGUUUUGCAAAGAGCAAAUAAAGCUGUACAGCUUUUGCAACGCAAGCUCCUCUCGGCUUAGUUCCGCUUUGCUGUUUUCAGGAUCCGUGGACUCGUCUGACACGCAUGCCAUUUUCGAUGGCCUUUGCUCGCAUUUGCAGAAGCAAAAUAGGUGCCGUGUUGCUCGCUUGCAGCCUCACCUUUUACUUGGCAAGCAUGGCGUGAAUUCUCCUCUGCGAAGCCUUUUCAAGCAGUUCACCGGAAUCACUCCUGAGACUACAGACAUGGAAAUUCUUGCUGCUUGGCACCAGGAAUCUUGUAAUGAGCAAUAUCCACUGGUUGUCAUUGUCGAGGACGCAGAGCAUUCCCACAGCUCCGUCUUAGCAGAGCUUGUAGUUAUCUUGAGUGAAUGGGCUGCACAACUUCCUCUUGUUCUUAUCAUGGGAAUGGCAAUGACUGAGGACUCGUUACAAAUGAUGUUGCCAGCGAGUGUGACCGGACGACUUCAUGUUCAUAGUUUUUAUUUGAAAUCGCCUCUUCACAGGCUAGAAGCGGUCGUGCAGGCUGUUCUGAUUGACUUGCCUUUCGUUUUUACCUGGGGAACGGCUGUGGUGAAGGACUUCUAUGAAUUUUUCUAUUCGCAUGACAACACUGUUACUUCCUUCCUCAGACUUCUCAAGGUUUCGUGUAUGGAGCAUUUCUCCAAGCAGCCUUUAAGUUUUUUGUGCGUAAAUCUCGUCGAUUCUACAAGUCAGGUGGAGUUUGAAAAGUUCUGCAAGAAGCUUCCAUCUGCACACUUGAAAUAUGCGUCCAUUCUUUCACCUUCGCAAGGUGACGAUAUAUCACAGAAGAUUGCAGCAGCACUUUGGAGCUACAAAGCAAAUAGACGGUGUUGGAGCAUGGCUUUUCAGUGUUUCCUCGCAGCUGGGUUACAUAUGAACUUUAAGUUUGCAGACGUGUAUUACGGGGCGCUAACAUCUUCAAAAUUCUCUGCAGUGGUCAAGGACGAAAAUGUUUUGUCUCUGAUAACUGAGAGAAUGAAAUAUUUAGCUGUCUCGACCAUGUCGGAACUUUUAAAAGAAUGGACGUUACUGACUUCUCAUAAUGGACAAUGCAGCAAAGAUCUCGAAGCUCUACGCAAACAAUUAUCGUCGACCGAUCCAGCGGAUGUGGCUCCUCCAUUGCAGUCAUCUUUCUGUGGCACUCCCUCAAUGACAACUCGUAGGAUGAGAGCUCUUAUGGGCUGCAGUUCACCACCCGGUGUUUCACACUGCAACGAUCCAAAGCCAACGGAACAGCCGAAAGGAGACCAGAAAGCUAAAUCGAUGAGGAUGGCAAUGGAGUUUUUGGAGCGCCUGCAGAGGGAUUACAUUGUAGCACCUGAAUCAAUACCAUUUCAUGAUGUGUUUUGCUUUAAGGAUGUGAAUGCACUGAAACAGGCAAUGACGGGAGAAACGCGUAAGCGUGUCCAUUCGGACCUUCUUUCGUCGCAGGCCACGCUGAAAUGCGAGUGUUGUCCUAGUAAUGGCUCUCCGGCGUUCUCUCUCCACGACACUGCUCUUGCGUACGCUCUGUCCCUUGAGCACAACGAGCUUGUUAAUGUCCAUGAUUGGUACCAAUCCUUCGAAUUUUUGCAUUCUGAGAACAAAUCAGCUGAGACAAGUAGGAAGCGAGGUGCGAAGCGAAAAGUGUUUUCAAGCUCGGAAGGUGAAAUUCCAAAGCCAGCGGUAGCAUCCAUCCAGGCCAGAUUCUGCAAAGCUGUCGCAGAGCUUCAUGUCACGGGGCUCCUUCGUCUUCCCAAGAAGCGACGUCCCGAUUCCGUGCAAAGGAUUUCCAUUGGCUUCUCCUCAGAAUCCUGAGUUCGUCAUCACGGAAUUCUUUCACGUACCUCCGCAUGCCGCAGUGCUGAUUAUUUAAGAAGCACGGAGAUCAGCAUUUGUGAGGCGAGCGAGUAGGAAGAUGAAGAGGAUUUCCAUGCUGCUCGUCGUCGCCGUUAUGGCAAUUGCGAUGUAUGGAGCCAGUGCGGACUACUGCGACCUCACAACGCUUCUUCCUUGUCUGUCAUCCGUGAUUGGUGACAAGCCAACGCCUCCUUCGGAAGAAUGCUGUGCGGUCGUGAGAGUUGUGGAUCCCGACUGUGUGUGCGGUCACGUAGGAGACGAUGAAGGCAUCACUGGAAUCAACGUCAAGCUGGCGGCUCAGAUCCCCAAAAAGUGUGGGAGGCACGUCCCCAAAGGAUUCAAGUGUGGAGAUGUUCCGGUUCCUUCGUGAGCUCUGUGUAGUAUUUAACCUGUCGCAUUGAUCUACUCGUCCUGAGAACAUUGGUUCUUAUGAAUACGAGAUGGAACUUCAUCGAACCCGAUAAGCUUUGGCUCGA